GCCAGGCUUCAGUCCACGGGGUUGGCACAGAAGAGUCAGACAUGACUUAGCAGCUUAACAACAACAACAACAAUUAAGUGCCAAGGACAUAAGUUUCUGGAGUUUCAAGUGCACGUCAUUUGGUAAAGUCACCUGGCAGGUUAAUCGGUGAGUGGCUGAGAGGCAGGAUCAGGUGGGCCUGAGGGCAGGCAGAGCAGCCCCUCAACCCCUCCCACUGACGCUCAGAGCACCGCUUAACCUCGCCAGGUGUGACUCAAGAGUCGGCUGCACUUGGGCCCGGAUGCAGGUGGCGCCGGAAGAGGCGGGGCAGCAGGCUUGAAAUUGAAAUUGGGGUGGGCCCUGCUGGCGGGGGCGGUGAGGUGCAUCCCUCAAGGCAGCCAGGCCGGUCCUCUCUCCAGUCCCGCCUCUGCUUGGUGACUGCUUUGGGGGCGCAGGGCUGUGUCCUAGGGAGGGAUAACUCUUUCGGAAAGGAGGUCUGCACCUCUAACCCCGCAGAAAUUGGUGUUCAGACACCGUGGGGCUGGAGGAGAGGGACCCGAGGGCACAGAACUGUGGGCGCAUCACACACAGAUCUUCCUAAUCCCAGAGGAGGAAAGACAGAAGGUGAGCUGUGUGGGCCAAGUCCAGAGGGCCAAGACCAGAGACAGGAGGGUGGAGUCACAGUGUAAGGGUGUGUGUGUGGGUGGGUGUGUGGACUAGCAGUUUGUGGGUGUGGGUGUGUGUGUGGUAGCAAUUUAAGGGUAGGUGUGUGUGUGUGUGUGUGUGUGUUAAAGUCUAGGGCACAUUUGGGCUCCUCACUGUGCUAUGGGGAUGCCUCGUAGGUAAGAACUCAGGACACACCCGACUAAUACAAGCAAGCGCUUUGACCAUAGUGCCUUGUGAAUGCAUGUGAGGAAAAGAAUCACAAUCAACAAUCUUCUUAAACUCCCACGAGUAUCUUCCUAGGUCCCCCAUCUUUUAUUACAGGACACUCCUCUGACUAAUUUGGCGGCAGUCCCUUUCAUUGGUGUGGUGUAAGCAUCAGGUGAUGCUUACAGUAAAAAAAAAAAAAAAAAAAAAUUCCCAGGCAACAGUGCAGAGAUGUCUAACAUAACUGUCUUUAAGGGUCUCCCCCUUCAGGGCCAUCGGAUUCAGGACAGCAAUGACUGGCAGGGCCAGAGUUCACGCCCGAGGCAGACGGCGGGACACACCACCCUUGGAGCCGGCUCCGCCGGAGGCGGCGAGGGGGCCCCCAACGCCUCGAGUGCCCGGAACCGAGCCUCCACUGAGCUUCGCUGACUUAGUGAAACGAGGCACAGCGGCUCAGCAACCUCGUCAGAUCCAGCCUAGACUCCAGUCACUGACGGGUGUUAGACACGUGGCUGGGGCUGGGCCACCAGCAGGAGCAGAAGCGACGCCUCAGCCUUCAGAGGAACUUCCACCGCCAUCUGGAUCACAGGGAUCCUUGCUGAGGAAGACGAGGGAUGUUGGUAGAGAUUAUCAAGACUUUGUGGUAAAUACUCGGCAGAAUUUGGUCCACGUUAGAGAGUCGACAAAAGGCACGCAAGGUAGCCCGGUAAUGCUACUUUCGAAUCAUGUCCGGCUCAAGUCUUGCUCUCAGAAGCAUUUAUACAAGUACAAAGUCAUCUACACACCAGACAUAGAGGAUGGAAGCAAACGGGAAGCUUUACUCUCUGAACUUGAAAAGUUCCUGGGAAAUCGUUGUAUAUACGAUGGAAAAUCUCUGCUGUUGCCUCACUCGCUGGGGGAAACGAAAAAGGAAGUGGUCAGCAAGUUGAAAAAUGAACCUGUGACGAUAACCUUCGAGCUCUCCAGAGAACUCCAGACCACUUCUCCAGACUGCCUCCGCUAUUACAACAUUCUCUUUAGAAAAAUGUUGGAAAAGAUGGAUUUGAACCAAAUUGGUCGCAACUAUUACAAUAAAAAUAAGAAGACUGAGUUCAAUGAGUAUAGGUUGGAAAUAUGGCCUGGCUAUGUUACUUCUAUUCUUCCAUAUGAAAUCGGUCUUACUCUCUGUGCUGAUGUGAGCCAUAAACUGCUCCGAAUGGAAACUGCUUAUGAUUUAAUAUCACACACUCGUGAAAAAGCCAGAGGAGAAGAUGCCAAAGAGAAAAUUCUUAGAGAAUUAGUUGGGUCAUCUGUUCUUACAAAGUAUAACAACAGAACCUAUAGAGUGGAUGAUAUUAUUUGGGAGAUGUCUCCCAGCUCCACAUUUACCAAGUCAGAUGGCAGUGAAAUCUCCUUUGUAGACUACUACAAAGAGCGGUAUGGUACAGUGGUCACUACCUUAAAUCAGCCACUUUUGAUCACCAAAGGCAAAUGGAAAAAGAGCCGGCAGGACACAUCUCAUCAGCCUAUCAUGCUGGUUCCUGAGCUGUGCCACCUGACAGGCUUAACGGAUGACAUGCGUAAAGACUACAGAAUGAUGAGAGACUUGUCUGCCCACACGAGGAUGGAUCCAGAUAGAAGGCAGCAUAAACUGCUAACAUUUAUGGAUGCUUUAAGAAAAAAUAAUACUGUGCAGAAGGAGCUUCGAGACUGGAAUUUGGAACUCGAAGCGGGGUUUUUGUCCUUUUCUGGAAGAACCUUGCAAGAUGUAAGAAUUCACCAAGGAAGAAGGAUGUUUGACAACCAUAAAGCAGACUGGUCAAAAAACACAAGGGAGGUACCAUUACUUAGAGCAAUGUCACUGGAUCAUUGGCUAAUAGUCUAUACUAAGGGAAAUUAUGGAACAGCCCUGAACUUGCAGCAGAAUCUACAGAAAGUGACACCCAAAAUGGGCAUAACUGUUAGAAAUGCAAAACUGCUCGAAGCAGCUGAUACAGUCCAAUCUUACAUAAGAACCUUGGAAAAACACGCUUCACAAAAAACACAGAUGGUCCUUUGCCUGCUGCCCACCGACAACAAGGAAAUUUACGAUGGCAUAAAAAGAUAUCUGUGCAUCAAUUACCCAAUUCCAAGCCAGUGCGUGUUGAAACGGACCUUGGACAGACCUAAGACGCCAGUGACCAUAGCUACAAAAAUUGCUCUGCAGAUGAACUGCAAGCUGGGAGGUGCCCUCUGGAAGGUGGACAUAGGACUGCAGAAUGCAAUGUUCAUCGGUAUCGAUUGUUUCCAUGAUAUUGAACAUCGACGGAAGUCAGUUGCGGGAUUUGUAGCAAGCAUCGAUCCAGACCUGACACGGUCAUUCCAAGACUCUGAAGUGAACGAAAAUGCAUGUCCUGAAAGCCACCAUAUUGACAGAAGAAUCCAGAAGUUGUCAGAAAUAGUAGCCCACUUUGUUCUAAAAGUUAUGGUUCAAUUUAUAUGUGUUUCUGACUUCCUUUCAGCUGCCCUGAAGCUCUGGUAUGAACAAAAUUCAUCUCUGCCACAUUCUAUCAUUGUGUAUCGAGAUGGAGUGGGAGACGGGCAGCUUCAAGCGCUGAUAGAUCAAGAAGUGAAACAGAUGGAGUCCUACUUAGAGAAGGCUUACAGAGGACAAAAGGUCAGACUAACUUUCAUCGUGGUGAAGAAACGAAUAAAUACCAGAUUUUUUAUUGGAAAGGAUGGAGGGAGACUUAACAAUCCAUCUCCAGGAACAGUUAUUGACCUAAAGGUGACUAGGACAGAAUGGUACGAUUUUUUCAUUGUGAGUCAGUCUGUGCGGGAAGGGACCGGCACUGUCACUCCCACUCAUUAUAACGUCAUCCACGACACGCUUUACUUGAGCCCGGAUGCAAUACAGGGUCUCACUUACAAACUCUGCCACAUGUAUUACAAUUUUUCAGGUAUCAUCCGAGUUCCUGCUCCUUGCCAUUAUGCCCAUAAGCUGGCUUACUUGGUGGGCCAGAGUCUUCAUCAACAACCACAUGAAUCUCUGUCAAAAUACCUCUUUUACCUUUAACCUACAGAAGAAAGCACAAUGGGAUGCUGAAAAACAUAAUUUGUACAUUUAUCUUCUCAUUUUGCAUCUGUACAUCUGAAAUAUUUUUUCCAGAUGCAUGAUCAGAAUUUAAAACCAUUCUUGACAUGGAUGAGAUUCAGAGAUUUUAAGCUAUUUUCAACACAACCACUAACUUAAACAUGAGGCUUUUCUUCUCCAGGUGGGAGAACUGACAAUGAAGGUUUUGACUCACAAUUUAACCUCUCAAAUGUGUUACAAAGACUUUAUGAUUCAAUGUGCCUGAAUCCUCUGCUCCAAGUAAAGCUGCUAUAACUGUAAAGGUUGGGAAUUAGUCACAUGGAGAAUAUGUCUAUGAACAAGUAAAUUCUACUUGGAAAAAUCAUACCUACUUUGUUUUUGAAACAACCUUUUCCUUGAGGACAGCGAAUAUUUAUCAGUGGCAAAAUUAAAUGGGAAUUUGUGUUUAAUAUUUUAUAAGGAAGAAAUAACCUACAUGUGAAAUAGCUUAUCCUUUGUACACAAGUAAUAAUCAAUUUUUUUCUGGUGGAGCUGUAGUAAGGAUUUGAAAGUUGGCAGCUCAGGAACAUAAUAUUUUGUCAUUUUUCCACAAAGAAGGUAAAAAAGGGCUUUGUUAGCAUUUGUUUAAUUAAUUCUCUUGUGCAUGUUCUAAAUGUGACAUAUUGUGAUAGCUGUACCAUCAUCAGAAGAUAAGCUGUUUAAAGUUGUCACGUUUUUCCUGAAAGCAGACAUUUUUUUCUCUCUCCACUUAAACCUACCUUUAAAUAUACUUAAGAGACAGCAUGUGAAACUUUUAUUUUCCUAUACUCCUAAAUGGAGUGGUUUUUUUUUUUUUUGAGGUGGGGUGGUUAGGGAGAAUAGACAGGCUUUGAAUAUAUCCAAAAUGAUAUGCUUAAAAAUAAUUGCUUUGAUUAUAGGUUAACCAUUUAGGUUUGAACCUGUCUUAUAAGAAAAUGAAAACAAGUUAUUUAAAUAUACUGCAGUCCAGGUAAUGUCCUACCUAGCUAUAUAUGGUCUCCAUGAUUAAACAUAUUCUCUUCUAAAGCUAGAAUUUGAUUUAUGAUAAUACAUGUAUGGUAGCAGGUUUCGAGAGAUCUACAGAAAUCACUUGGAAGGAACAAAUUCAAAGUAGUAAGAACUUUAUGAAUGUUUUCUAUAAAUGCAAUACAAAUGUCAUUUAUUUGUAACACUAAUUUCUAGACUUAUAAAGUUAAAAUUCAAUAAAGGUAUUCAUGUUAAAAAUCAUUGAAUUCAGUCUUAUUAUUAAAAAUAUAUGCUGGUCUUAGGCUUCUUAAUCUACUUAUUAGAAAAAAAAUUGUUGCUUUUCUAAGACUGAUAGAAAUAUUGUGACCAGGACACUAUCUGAUUUCAUUAGCCUACUAGUCCUUUAUAAAAUCAGAUGAAGGAAACUGGGUAUCAAAUAUUUCUAGGGGAAAGCUGUAUUAUUCCAAAGGCUUAGUAGAUAAACUUUCUCCAGUAUAUCACAGUACUACCUAAGUUUCAUGUUGCUGAGUAGGUGUUGGGCAGACCAAUUUAAGGUCUUUUAGGAAUGAAUUUGGUUUAAGUAACAGUGUGUGUGUGUGUUUGUGCACGUGCACACGUGUGUGUGCUUAGCUGUGUUCAACUCUUUGAGACCCAUGGA